AAGACUUCCAGCUAUGAGAGAACGCAACCGUCGAUAUUAUGAAAGUGGCUGGGCUGAAAUGUUUGCUCUCCUGUGCCCAGUCACUUGAGCAGUCCAAGUGACACAUUUGACGAGGCAGAACAAGAAACAUAUCCCUUCAGUAUGGAGUAUUUUGGACAGGAAGCUGAGUUUUGGAGCAAACUAAUGGACGGUUCACUGGGAAACAUCGAUGACUUGGCACAACAGUAUGCAGAUUAUUACAACACCUGCUUCUCAGACGUGUGUGAGAGGAUGGAGGAGCUGCGGAAACGUCGGGUUUCCCAGGACCUGGACGUGGAGAAACCUGAUGCCAGCCCCACGUCACUUCAGCUGCGGUCCCAGAUCGAAGAGUCACUUGGCUUCUGCAGCGCCGUGUCAACACCAGAAGUGGAAAGAAAGAAUCCUCUUCAUAAAUCAAACUCAGAAGACGGCUCUGUAGGAAAAGGAGACUGGAAGAAGAAAAAUAAGUAUUUUUGGCAGAACUUCCGAAAGAACCAGAAAGGAAUAAUGAGACAGACUUCAAAAGGAGAAGAUGUUGGUUAUGUGGCCAGUGAAAUAACAAUGAGCGAUGAGGAACGGAUUCAGCUAAUGAUGAUGGUCAAGGAAAAGAUGAUCACCAUUGAGGAAGCACUUGCUAGGCUCAAGGAGUAUGAGGCCCAGCGCCGGCAGUCAGCUGCCCUGGAUCCUGCCGACUGGCCAGACGGCUCCUACCCGACAUUUGAUGGCUCAUCAAACUGCAAUUCAAGAGAACAAUCGGAUGAUGAGACGGAGGAGUCGGUGAAGUUUAAGAGGUUACACAAGCUGGUAAACUCCACUCGCAGAGUCAGAAAGAAACUAAUUAGAGUGGAAGAAAUGAAAAAACCCAGCACCGAAGGUGGGGAGGAGCAUGUGUUGGAGAAUUCACCUGUCCUGGAUGAAAGGUCUGCCCUUUACUCUGGAGUGCACAAGAAGCCAUUUUUCUUCGAUGGGUCUCCAGAGAAACCUCUGGAAGAUGACUCAGACUGUCUUACCACGUCUCCGUCCUCCAGCAGCCUGGAUGCCUGGGGAGCUGGCCGAAAGUUGGUCAAAACCUUCAGCAAAGGAGAAAGUCGGGGCCUGAUUAAGCCCCCCAAGAAGAUGGGGACGUUCUUCUCCUAUCCGGAAGAAGAAAAGGCCCAGAAAGUGUCCCGCUCCCUCACUGAGGGAGAGAUGAAGAAGGGUCUCGGGUCCCUGAGCCACGGGGUAAGUACGGAUGGUAUUUGCUUUUAUGACAACCACCGUCGCAGGCACCACCUUCUGGUGUCACUGGAGGAGGUUCAGAGUGUCCGGAAGCAAAUCCGCUUGAAGAAAACGGAUACUAAUUAUUCCUGUUCCAGAGCUUUUCUCUGCCAGCGUCCUUCCAGAAAAGGCGUGAACAGCACCACCUGUGACCUGCAGCUGCUCCGCCAGAAACCCAAAGGGGGUGGCAGCUGUGGCUUCCCCAGCAGGAGGGUGCGCGGACGCACCUCGGUCAGCGAGUUCAAUAUCACCUACGUGGUGGAGCGGAGUCUCUACAGCCACCUGAACCUGACCCAGCUAGUGCGUCCUGCCUCAGACAGGACCCUGAGCAAGGCUGAGAAGCAGGACCUGAGGCGGUGCUUGCUGGAGGAGGAUGAGGAGGCAAAGAGGAAGUGGGCUGCCACAGUCGACCGCUGUACUAAAAGGGUUCUCUUGCGAAUCCACCAGAAGUCUAGAACCUGCAGUUUUGGAGGAUUUGACUUGACAAAUCGAUCUCUGCACGUUAGCAGUAAUAAUUCUGACCCAAUGGGUAAAGAAGGAGAUUUUGUGUACAAAGAAGUCAUCAAAUCACCCACUGCUUCCCGCAUCUCUCUUGGGAAAAAGGUGAAAUCGGUGAAAGAGACAAUGAGGAAGAGGAUGUCUAAAAAGUAUAGCAGCUCCGUCUCUGAGCAGGACUCGGGCCUUGAUGGGAUGCCUGGUUCCCCUCCGUCUUCACAGACUGACCCUGAACACGUGGACAAGCCCAAGCUCAAGGCUGGAGGUUCUGUAGAAAGUCUUCGGAGUUCUCUGAGUGGACAGAGCUCCAUGAGUGGUCAAACAGUGAGUACCACCGAUUCCUCAACAAGCAACAGGGAAAGUGUCAAGUCGGAAGAUGGUGAUGAUGAAGAGCUGCCCUACCGGGGUCCUUUCUGUGGGCGCGCCAGGGUGCACACUGACUUCACCCCUAGUCCCUAUGACACAGACUCACUCAAGCUCAAGAAAGGAGAUAUCAUCGAUAUCAUCAGCAAACCUCCCAUGGGUACCUGGAUGGGCCUACUGAACAACAAGGUUGGCACGUUCAAGUUCAUCUAUGUGGAUGUGCUCAAUGAAGAUGAGGAGAAGCCCAAGCGCCCCACCAGGAGGAGGAGAAAAGGAAGACCACCCCAGCCUAAGUCUGUGGAGGAUCUCCUUGAUCGGAUUAACCUGAAAGAGCACAUGCCCACUUUCCUAUUCAAUGGCUAUGAAGAUUUGGAUACCUUUAAGCUGCUGGAGGAGGAAGACUUGGAUGAGUUAAAUAUCAGGGACCCCGAACACAGAGCUGUUCUCCUGACAGCAGUGGAACUGUUACAGGAAUAUGACAGUAACAGCGACCAGUCAGGAUCCCAAGAGAAGCUGCUGGUUGACAGCCAGGGCCUGAGUGGAUGCUCCCCCCGAGACUCAGGAUGCUACGAAAGCAGUGAGCACCUGGAAAACGGCAAGACUCGGAAAGCUAGCCUCCUACCUGCCAAGUCAUCAACCGAGUCCUGCCUGAAGGCUUUCACCAGGAACAAGCUGGGCAACUACCCAACAUUGCCUUUAAUGAAAUCAGGGGAUGCACUGAAGCAGGGACAGGAGGAAGGCAGGCUGGGCAGUGGCCUUCCCGUGGACAUGUCCAAGAGCUGUGACCCGCCAGGUGUGACUAGUUUGAAUAAAAACCGAAGAAGCCUCCCAGUGUCCAUCUGUCGGAGCUGUGAGACCCUGGAGGGCCCCCAGACUGUAGACACUUGGUCCCGAUCCCAUUCCCUGGAUGACCUUCAAGGAGAGCCCGGUGCUGAGCAAGUCGUGCCUACUGAGGUGGCAGAACCCUCCCCUCAGACUGUACCAGAAGUGCCACAAAAGAUAACCACCUCCGCCACAAAGGUCCCACCCUCCGAGCGAGAUUCUGCUGUCGACAAUGCAUUGCUACUGACCCAAAGCAAGAGAUUUUCUGACACUCAGAAAAUGACAACUGAGAAACUGGAUGGCUCAAUCGCAGCCUCUGCACAUGGCACGUCACUUCCUCAGUGUUUGCCCAGAAACUAUGAUGCUCAACCUCCUGGAGCUAAACACAACUUAACAAGGACGCCUCUGGAGGGUCACAGAAAAGGACACGGUUUUGAAGGCACACACCAUCCCCCGGGUACCAAAGAAGGGGUCGAUGCUGAGCAGAGGGUCCCUGAGGCAAGAAUGCAGCCAAAAAAUCCAUCACAGCCUCCACCUGUUCCUGCCAAAAAGAGCAGAGAACGUCUUGCUAAUGGACUCCAUCCUGGUCCCAUGGGCCCUGGUGGGACCCUCCCCAGUUCGGAUGCACCAUGCCUGCCAGUGAAACGGGGCAGCCCUGCCAGCCCCAGUGACUGUCCCCCAACACAGGCUCCUAGGCCUCCUCUAGGCCAGGCACCUAGCAGUCCACCAAGUACAAGGCCACCCCCUUGGCUCUCAGAGCUCCCAGAGAGCACGAGCCUUCAGGAGCAUGGCGUGAAGCUGGGCCCAGUUUUGACCAGGAAGGUCUCCUGUGCUCGGGGAGUAGAUCUGGAAAUGCUCACUGAAAACAAGCUGCACACUGAAGGCAUUGAUCUCACGGAAGAACCAUAUUCUGAUAAGCAUGGCCGCUGUGGCAUUCCUGAAGCCCUGGUGCAGAGAUACGCAGAGGACUUGGGUCAACCCGAGAGGGACGUCGCCACCAACAUGGACCAGAUCCGUGUGAAGCUGCUUCGGAAGCAGCACCGCAUGGCGAUCCCAAGUGGAGGACUCACGGAAAUCUGCAGGAAACCCGUCUCUCCAGGAUGCAUUUUGUCUGUGUCAGAUUGGCUCAUUUCCAUCGGUCUGCCCAUGUACACCAGUAUCUUCUCUGCAGCGGGGUUCAGCACACUGAGCCAAGUGCCUUCUCUGUCCCACACUUGCCUUCAGGAGGCCGGCAUCACAGAGGAGAGACACAUAACAAAGCUCCUAUCUGCAGCCAGACUCUUCAAACUGCCGCCAGACCCUGAGGCCAUGUAGCCAGGCCGGAAAUGGACCUCUCUGGACAAGAGCCACCUUUUCACUGUGCUUACGAUGCUGUCGCAAUUCCUCCAUCCCUGGACAUGCAGACCAGAUCCAGAAGAAAGGCCCAGUGUGUGGCCAAACAGAGCACGAAACUUGGCACAGGACUGAGAACCUGCUCCUCCAGAAGAGCUCCCUCAAGGAAAUCAGUGCAGUUCUCUUUGACCUCCAAAGAAAAGACAAGCACUUAUUUUUAUUUUCAGAACCCAGAAGCGCCAAGAUGCCAACUGGCUGCAAAGGCUGUGUCUCUAGUCUGUCUCUGUGCACUGGCAGAGGCUGGAAUGAGUAGGGGGGCAGCCUAUCCCGUUGUUGAUAGUGUCCUUGACCUUCUGUCAGACAGGCUUAGCUAGGCCAAAGGAGCUGUCUCGGGAAUUAUUGUACACUAUUGACCAUGCUCAUUUGUUCAAAGGUUAGAACAUCUGGCUGCACCAGGAAAAAAAAAAAAAAGUCCUAUUCUCCUUUAGAUAAACAAGAGACAUUUUAAUAAUUGCUUUCUAGCAAUCAGCUUUUAUUUGCCUUAAUAUAAGCGUUUAAGCAGUUAUCUAACUAGUGUCCACAACCCUGUAACCAUAGUUCCAAAUCUUCAGCUUAGACUGCCACCUAACCUAUCUAGGAUGUUUUCAGCAAAAAUGGGCUUUUCUAAUCGUCUCAUUGUAACAUGGCUUGUUUUGUAGAGGUAUUCAUCAGGCACACACUUCAUGUUUUUGGUUUUUGAACUAACUACAAAUCUUGUAAAAAGCUAUCUGAAAUUCUCAAAGAUACCGCGUGUGUGUGGUGUGUGGCGUGUGUGUGUUCAUAAUAACUGUCCUCCAUUUUAAUUCGUUACCGUUGCUGGUCACUGUGCUGCAGUAUUGACUUGGAAUCCUGACCAUGUCCGUUCCAAAAUUCAGUCCUCAGCUAACUGCUUACCUUAGUGAAAGGUUGUUGUAAGGUUGAAUAUUUUUUCAGAAAGAUGUUUUUAAAAAGGGAAGUCAUUUGUAAGAUGUUCAAAGGUCUUUUUGGUGUUCUAUUCAGAUAUUAUCUUUCUUUUCUUAAUUUUUUUUUUUAGCUCAAAUAAAGGCUUGUUAUGAAGCCAGACAAACCACAUUAGCCAUGUGUUAAGUACUUGUUUUCUCACUGAUUUCAGCAUAUUCUAUUCUCUUUAGUCUAGUGUCUGAUUUUUCUAGCAAACAGCAAUUUUAAACAAUUAAACUCUUAAGGUUUCUGUUGCUUACAUUCUUAUUGUGAGCACUGUUUUAAGCAUCAAAUGUACUCAUUUAUAAUAGAAACACUUUGACCACAAGGACUUGAUCAAAAGUUCUGUUAUGUUUCAUCUACUUAUCAACAAAUGAUUUCCCUCAGGUGGGAGGGUGGUUCAUGAAUUACAAAGCCAUCUUUAUCGUAUUCUUUUUAUCUGAAUCCAGGUUUCUGAGGAAAAGGAUGUUCUCAGGUGAUGUAUUUUUUUCAUGCUUUGGUAUGCGUUUUUUAAAAUAAUGUAUGUUUCUUUAAUAACAUUCACCUUCUAUAAGAUGCCAUGUGAAGAGGUUGUGGAAAUGUGGCAUAAAAAGAUAAAGCUGCCAAAUUUCUAUUGAACUCUUAAAAACAGCUCAUUUUUGUCCCCUUGGGUUGUGGCCUAGCCCGUUUACAAUGCACUGAGGCUGCAGAGUUCUCAUCUAACUGGAGCAUUCCGUGUAUUUCGUGUGCUGUGGUGGAGAUGGGUACUGUAAGCGACUUUUCUUCCUGCUUUUGUCAGGCCUCAGCUUGACCUGCUGACACAUCCUGUCAUUGUUUAAGCUGAGCAAAAAGACCACACAAAAGUCAAGUAGGAGGUAGCAAAGGAGAAGGAGAAAUCUCAUACGAAUUUUCACAUUUUAGUUCAUUUUCUGUGGAGGAUUUUAAUUUAAGUCAAAGUAGCACCAGAAAAGGGAACUUUCUGGAGUUUUUGAGAAUGCCAAACCAUAUUCUUUGGAAAUCAAUGCCUUUUGCAUAGAAAAUCAAAUUCAGGGACCAUGAAUAAUUUUCGGUGGGAAUGUCUAAUCUGAGUGGUCUGAGGUUGAUUUUACUUUAUUGUGUUGUUUAAAAAAAACUUUUUUAUAUAUAUCUUUAGUGUUUGAUCUUCUGCUUUAAACUUUUUCUUUGAUCUGAGAAAAGCCUGAAUGUUUGUGUGUGACAUUUGACUGAGGUGGUUUGAGGCUGCCUGUGGAUGUUAAAACAGGUGGUAGGCUUCAGCAAUAUCCAGUUUUAAUCUGUUGCAUUUGGUACAGAAUUUUGAGAAACAGUGAAAAUUGUUGUCUUUGGAAAGCACAAAAGAAACCUGGAAAGGCAGUUCGGCUCAGGUAGCUACACAUAACAUGGUGUAUAAUUUUUACUUUAAAGCUGUCUGGAAGGAAAUACAGUCAGCUCCAACUACUACUAUUUACAUUCCCAGAUAACCAAGAAGCAGAUAUCUUUCCAUGGCCUUGCCUUAGUCAGAGGCCCUUUUCUCUGUCCCGAACCCAACUGUGGGUGAAAUUGAAAAUUACUAUUCUAUUGAAAAUCAGUUCCUGACAUAGAGAAAUUUGCUUUUAUAACUGCAGCAAAAGCAGUCAACUCACCAAGUCACUGCUGCAUGUGCGUACUGUAUUGUUUUCAGAAAAAAAGUAUAAUAGUUCGAGUCCAAGUUAUCUUGAUUUUAAAUUGAUAGAGAAAAGAAACUGUCAAGCAAGUUAUAUAACAACUAACAACAUUGCACUUUCUGUAUAUGAAAUCAAUAUUUAAAUAACUUAUUUUUCUCCAUUGCUGUUCUUAAACAUUGUAAGUAGCUGUAAUAUACCAGUACCAAUAUGUUCUUGCAAUUGCUUCAGCCCAAGAAAGCUGUGUAUUGUUUUAAAAAUUGUAAAAAUUAUUGUGUUGAUUCAUUUAGCAAAAAAAGAGGUGGACAGAAGGGUUUUCCUAUGUAUCAAAACUUGUCUAUAAUUAUGUCAUCUAUGUACCUAGAAAAAAAAAAGUAAAUAAAUUUCUUCAGUUGAAUAUG